AUGACGUUGUAUGACGUCAUCCAUGUUCAUUUCCGUCUCCAUUUGUUUUCUUCAAAAUUUCUCCUGAAAGUGCAUGGCAGACUUCCAUGGAUAUUAUUCAGAUGGAACUGGUGAGUGGUGUUUAGCCUCGCACCAUGGGGACGUGAGCGAGCAGGGCGACUGCCUGCCGGAAGUUGGGGGCUUGACCUCGUGGGCUGUCGGCGCCAUGGCCAGCGGCCACUCGUGCUACGAGUACCUGGACCAGGUGAAAGCCGAGCUGGACUACCAACGCGCCCUGGUGCAUUCCACCCUAGAGAAGUUCGGCGUCUCGCUAGACACCCCCGAGGAGGGGCCGGACUCUGCCAGGCAAGAGCCACUGACCUCUGAUUUCUCCGACAUCCCGGGUACCUCUGGCCUGGGGAUGUCUCACAGGCGCCACAGGCGUCGUGGGUUGAAGAAAAAGAAACGCAACAAGCGACGGAAGAGUGCAGAGGAAAUGCCUGUGACCGUUCGCCCUCCGCACAGGCCCAGGUUCUCCCUCGGUAACCCGUCGACCUCUCAAGAAGAGGAGGGGGAAACAUCGUAUUCGGGCAAAGAGACGAGCAGGCCGAUGCACGGACGUCGUUUCCUGCAGCCGCCAUAACGAUCUUGUCCACAAACACCACUCUUCGUCACGAUGUCAGCGCACCACCAGCGUCUUCAAAGCGGUGGAACGAAAUAGAAGACAUUUAAAAAAAAUUAGCAGCAGCAUUCAAUCGUUUAAAAUGUAUUUCCUCCGUGGCUUUAGUGCGCUGUAGCAAGCACACGUUAAAUAAAGCUGCUACAAAGUCGUCGCUGUUGCUCAUACAUGUAAGUCGGUGUUUUUAGAGGGUUACCACCGUGACAACUUCGCAAACAUAGCGGAUGCCCACUUUCUUGUGUCUGCCAGUGCGGUGUUGACACCAAGACCACCCAGUCUGUACCGUCACACAAACUUGUGUUGCUGUUAGCGGCAGCCAGGUGAAUAAACAAUACAUGAACACCAGGCUCUUUUUAGACCUGGUUUGUGGCCGCAGUCAAAGAAUUCCACCUGUGAACGUAACAAAACUUUUUCCUCGAUGCAGCUAAAUGUGUUUCAGAUAGUGGAUGAAUCACUCGCCCGCCUUUGCUUAUAUAUCUAUAUAUAAGAGCAGAGUUUCAAUGA